AUGGUGCAAUCUGAGCCCGUACUUUUUAAUUCUGCUGGCCAUUCUGUUGACGGAGUCCCUACGUCGGCUACGUUGCCACCCUCCCUUAAUUCGGACUCCGACGUCGAAGAGUUAGUCGACAUAUUUUUUGACAUUGAUGUUGCUGUGAAUACGUUUCAAAGAAUUGAAUCCUGUGAACUCCAACCGGGAGACACAUGGAGGGGGAUGCAAGGCAAGAUGAGCGUGACAGCGCCGGUUAAGAAGAUAAGAAAAAAGUCAGACAAUAAGCCACAAUCACAAAUAAAUAAAUGUUACAACGAAAAAAAGCGGCGGGAGCUUGAGAACGAAACCAUAAAUCAGCUCGAGGAGCUACUGGGGACCUGUCUCGCCGAGGUGAAGCAGCCGGAUAAGAACGGUAUCGUUCGCGAGGCGACCCGCCAGAUCCAGGAGGUGCUGAAACGGCGGCGGGACUGCCCCGGCGAGUGUCCCCUGCGCCUGGCCCAAUGCCUCUCGCCAGUACAGGCGGGAGAGGUCACUUCGACGCAACCACAGCCGCCGCCGGCUGGUUUCCAGUAUUCCGAACUCACUACACUCAUUGAGGCCCUUAAACAUUAUACGAGCAGUUUGGGUUGGGUCCUCUUAGAAAUUAAUUCUAAGGGAGAAAUCGAGUGUGUUACGGAAAAUAUUAAGGACCUUAUUCUUGUCGAUAGAACAGAGCUAUACAAGAAGUCGAUCUUUUCGCUUUUACAUGCCGGCGAUCAUGCGAAAUUUAAACCUUUAUUGAGAAAUGCGCAAACCUUUUCCUGGUGCUCGGGGGACAUUGAUAAGUUUCAAGCUAUUCAAGUUCAUCUUAUCAAAAGUCCAAAUGGUGGUGAUAGUGCUGGGCUUGUGGAUGCUGUGAUCCACGCUGCGCCAGUACGCGGCUCGUCCUCGGAGGAGGCCGGCUCCGUCAUGUGCGUCAUCCGGCGCUGCGAGGACGCGUCGGCCGCACUUCUUCCAGUCGACGGCGGUCCGCCCGCCAUCACUUCCAAACACUCUGAAAACAUCGUCUUCAGAUUAGAUUGCAACUAUACAAUUUUAUCUUGCGACUUAAGUGGAGUGGAAAACUGUUUGAACUCUCCUAUAUCUCUUGUGGGUGCUUGUUAUCUGGAACUAGUUGAAAGCAGUGAUCGUAUACGCGUAGCGGCGCAUUUGCAAGAGGCCGUGUGUCGUCCCGGUCCGCCGGUAGUGAGUGACCCUUUUCGGUUACGUAUCGCGGCCGAUAAGCCCUGGUUUAGAGUAAGUGCUCAGUCGCGGCUUUUCACGGCUAAGCCGACCUCUGGUGAACUUGACUUUAUAAUGUCGACGCAUUCCGUCCUCGGCGACGACGAAGUCGACCUAUUGGACGUUGCCGGUACUAGGCCACCAGUUGGCGGUCCCCUGAUGACGUCCGUCGCGAACGGAGAGUCUUCCGGAUGCGAAACGCGGUAUCGCCCUAAUAUGAGCCCCAGUGAAGCCCAGUUUUCCAUCAACGACUUCGACCUGGAACCGUGGGCGCCGGGCUUCCAAAUAGGAGAGAUGUCCUGUGAGGAUACAAAGGAGCGGAAAGAGAUGACUGGCGACGAUUCAAGCAACCCGUUGACCCCCCGCGCGUCUCUGGCAUCGAACGAGGGCUCGCAGUCCUCCGUCCCUGUCGAGGAGCCGAACCGUCUACGCACGCUGCUCAGUAAAAAGACCACCAGCGCAACGGACUCGGCGGUCAACUCGAACAAUCGCAUCUUAAAGGAUCUGCUCAACCAAGACGACGAGGAGGCGACGAGCAGCGAGACGUCUGCGCCGCAUACGCCGCACACCCCGCACACGCCACACACGCCGCACACGCCGCUCACGCCGGGCGCUGCGCUGUCCCCGCUGCACACGGCGCAGGCGCAGGCGCACGCGCGCCCGCCGCCGCACCCGACGCACACCCCGCACGCGUCCCACGCGUCCCACGCGUCUCACACCUCUCACACGCCCCACACGCCGCACCCGCAGCACCCGCAACACCCCACGCAUGCGCAACACCCGCCGCACACAUCGCACUCGCAGCACGGCGCGCACCAAUCUACCUCGCACAACAUGCAGCAGGCCCACCAUAAUAAUUCGGAAGUAUUACUGAGGAUAUUGAACGAAAAAUCCGAUGAGGAUAAUGAGGAAUCCAGAAGAAAUGCCUCAGACGGCUCGCGCGGUAAUACGUCACAACCCAGUGCUCUGCUCUCUCAGUUGCUUUCGCCCAGUAAUGGGCCAUCUGGCAACGGUCGCUCUCAAGACGCCAGUGAUAACUACCUCGAAAGGAUUGGUAUGAAACGAAAGUAUGAAGACAGUAAAACACCCGUUAAUGUAAAAAGAGCUACACCUGAACAUCAGCAGGUCACGUCCAGUGCCGUACCAGUAGCUUCCUCGGCACCUUCCUCCACGGCUAAUAGUCCUGCCACUAGCAGCAGUAAUAUGCGUCCACUUCGACAAAAAAACCAAAUAUUAGUUGCUCUUCUGGAGCAAGCCACGCCUUUUCCCACGCCAAAUCUUCGUGGCUAUGAACCGGUUCCCCGCCCAAGGUUACCGCAAAUACAACAACACCAGCAUCACCAUUCCACGUUGUCGAAUAUGCUUACUCCCCACAGUCGAGCCAGUAACGUGAACGGGGGUGGCGGUGGUGGUGUGGUGACAAGCGCAGCGGGGGGCGCGGGCGGCGGGGGCGGGGUGGGCAACGUGACCAACGCCGCGUGCUCCACCGCCAGCAUGAACGUGCCCAGUCACCUGCAGAUGGUGCUACAGAGCAGCGCGCGCGGCGGCUACCCGCAGUCGCCCACGGCCGUGCACUACGCGAACGCCUACAACAGCCAGCCCACCAAUGACAAUUCUCGAAGUCAAGGCAGCUCGGGAGGCGGCGGCGACAGUGAUGCGCCCAGUGACUUAAUGUUGUCUUAUAUAUUGGACGAAGUGAUCGAGAGCAUGCCAUACGCAGAGCGGCCCGCGCCUGAUGUGAACGUUCUCAUGAAUUUGGAAAGUCGGCAGUUGAGAUCGGACUUUGCAGGCAUGAAAGAAAAGACUGCGGUCAUAAAUGCUAUUACACAAAGUCUCAUGCAAUGUGAAACAGUUUCAAAAAAUCCCGUUUCUUCAAGUCCUGGAGCGCCUCCAGUGUACUCGGUACAAAGCCAGGUAUCAUGUAACAUCGGUGGCAGCACCAGCUCAAUGUAUGGCAUGGCGCCGCGCAAUGAUGAUUCGCGAUCGCUUGUCGAGCAGCAUCGCGCCCGGCUUCUGCAAUUGCAACGUUCGCAACAAAUGCUCGUCUCACCUGAGGCUGCAGAGCAACCUCAAGCUGAUCUUGGUUCCACAAUAAAUGCACUCGUCACAGGAACACCUCCAAAUGUUACUCUAACGCGAACGGAUUUUCAUCAUCUUUAUCAUCAAAGCAAUCAAAUGGGUUCAAAUUAUGGUACAAAUAAAAUAACUACUUCACAACAGAACCCAAUGCUCAGCCGGCAACUUUGUAACACCGGCGCCGGGGCCGGCGGGUACGCGCACGCCGCCGCCGCGGCCGCCCUGCACACGCCCAUGGCCCACCAGCCCUACCACCGAGCUCCGCGCCCCCAUCUCGUGGGCGGCUACUAUGAGGAGGGCGAGGCGGGCGGCAGCGGUUACUGCGGGGAGUACGGGCGGCGGGCCGCGCACGCGCCCCAGCCGCCGCACCCCCCGCACCCGCCACACCCGCCCCACCCGCCGCACCCGCCGCACCCGCCGCACCAGGCGCACCAGCACCAGCACCAGCCACACCCGACGCACACGCCGACCCACGAACAACAGAUGUCCUGUCCCGGUUCGGGCUGCGUUUCGGGCGGCGUGUCCGGCGGCGCCGGCGGCGGCGGCACCCUCGGAGUACGUGCGCAACGAGCUGCGCGCCGUGGUGGGGGCCCGGUCGGCGCGGCCCGACAUGCACGCGCCGAUGCACGCGCCCGAAAUAGACCCCCUCCUCACCUUCGACAUGCCCGCGCCCGGUUAGUGAACGCCCCGUUCCACCGCCUCCGCUAUGAUCGAGGAACGAUUCUCGCGUCUUUAUCACGUCGACUGUCGCCGGGCCGGGGAGCCGUGCGAUCAUUGACAGUGUCGCGGUGGGUCACUGCCAAUGUAUCCGUGUGUGCGUACGUAGGUGGCGGCAGUGUGGUGGGGGGCCGAGCGUCUGCCGCGUCCGCAAACUCGUGGGAGUCGCAACAGAGCACACCGAGUACUACGGAGGCGGGCUCGGCGGCGGGCGGUGAUGAGGCGGCGGCUGCGGCUGGCGGGACGGGGCCGGGGGCGGGGGCGGGGGCCGGGGCGGCGGGAACGGGCGCGGCCGCCAGGGCCUCGCUGCUGCAGAAGCUGCUCUCGCAG